UAUCAAUCUCAAAGUCCCCCGUCAGUAAGAUUUAGUGGAAUUUGAGACUGACAGUGCCGUAGUUUCUUAGAAUUAUCAAGUUCUGUAAACGUUCAACUAUAUGCGAAUAGAGAGUAGUUUAGUUUUUAUUCUCAUGUUUUAACUGGGGUUUGUCAUGUCUCGUUGUUCUACAUAAAUGGAACAAAUCGAAUCCAUCUCAUAGUCAGUCGAUUAAUACACUCGCUAAAUGUAACAUGAUUCCAAAAACUGUCCUAAUUUUCGCAAUUUAUUUCGCCCAUAGCGUAUGUGGCGACAGUGUCACCCUUUCUCAAGGUGUGGUCAAAGGUUUCCAAGCAAAAUCACGGUCAUCCAAAGACUAUUAUGGAUUUAAGGGGAUACCCUUUGGCAAAGUGGAGAAGAGAUUUGAUAUUCCCAAACCUGCCGGAAAUUGGAGUGGAAUUUUUGACGCCACUUUGGAUUAUCCAGGGUGCAUGGAUGUCGGUAUUUUUCCGUUUUCUCAUGGUGCCGAAGAUUGUUUAAAAUUAGAUGUUUACACACCAAAGGUGAUUACAGCAUCUGAGAAAAUGCCAGUUCUCGUGUGGAUUUACGGAGGUGGGUUCUUCUUUGGAAGCACGAAGGAAUACGGCCCAGAAUAUUUCAUGGAUGAGGACGUCGUCCUCGUCCUAAUAAACUACAGGUUGGGCCCCUUAGGAUUUUUGAAUGCCGGGAUAGCCUCCGCCCGAGGGAACCAAGGCCUUAAAGAUCAAGUCUUAGGACUCAAAUGGAUCCAGGAAAAUAUCGAAAACUUUGGCGGAAAUAAGGACAAGGUCACAAUCUUCGGCGAGAGUGCGGGCGCCAUGUCGGUCUCCCUUCACGUAACCAGUCCCAUGGCGAAAGGACUUUUUCACUCGGUGAUCUCCCAGUCCGGCACGGCUCUCCAAUCCUUCAUCGCAGCAAAUUGGGAGCGGGGUGUGGACCAAGCAGUGAAAUUGGCGCAGGAUAAUGAUUGUCCAACAAGCCAUAAGGAAUACAUGGUGGAAUGUUUGCAGCGAAUUGAUCCCAUCCAUUUAGGCUUUACCAGUAUCGGAAUGGACGAUUAUGGCUUACGCCCAGACACUGGGCUUACAAUGCCAAGCUUAGAAACUUAUUCGGAUGGGGUUGAUGACCCCAACGUGUACCUUAAAGAAAAUCCUUUGGACCUCCUUAAGUCUGGGAGGUUUAACCAAGUUCCCGUAAUUAUGGGUCUGAUUGGAUGGGAGUCUUAUGCCGCUGCUUCAUUAGUUAUUAAAUCCCACCGUAACACCAAUAAGCUUGACGCUCAAUGGGGUCGAAUUGGAUUGAGGUUGAUGGAACUUUCCCACCAAGCUGAGGACCCAUCCGAGGCAAUGGUUUCAAUCAAAAAGAAAUUUUUUUCAAAUAAUGCGAUCACAAAUGAGAGUUUGUGGGAGUUGGAACACGUGACGAGUGAAAGGCAGUGGACCCACCCAUUUCGAGUUCAGGCUGAAUUGCUUUCCCAUCAUGUGCCGGUUUACCUCUACAAUUUCACAAGAACGGUGCCAUACAAACCGUCGGGUUUGGAUAUUCCCAUGUUCAAUUUUCUUGUUGAAGAUGGCGCCACUACAAAAAAACCGUCGCAUGCGGAGGACCUUCCAUACGUGUUUAAACUUGGGGAUAUUUAUUCCAUGAUGCUCCCAAAUAUUUCGGCGCAUGAAGAGGAAGUGAAUGUUUCCAAGGAUAUGGUUAAGACAUGGGUGAAUUUUGCUAGGGAGAGAAAUUUGAAAACUUCUCCAUGGUCGAAUUGGGAGCCGAUAAGUAGUGAAAAUUUUUAUGGGUCGAAAUAUUUUGAGAUUGGAGACGCCCUUGAUGUGAAACAGGUUCCGGAAGAGUGGAAAGAACUUGAUGAGUUUUGGGAGGGUUUGAAGUUAAAGGAAAUGGGAGGUAAGUGGACUUCUUAAGUUCAGAAUAUUAUGCAAAAAGGUUCCAAAUAAUUAUAAAAUGUCGAUAAAACCAAUGAAAGCUUUCGAUCGUGCUAAUUAUAAAUCUGUAAAUUUUACAAAAUUGGGAUAAACAAAUAGAACAAAUAGUUACAAAUUAUUAAAAAUAAUAAAACUCGCUUCUAGAAAUUAUAGUUUAUUUUAUUGUAGAAAUAUGUAAUAAAUUAGAAGAAAGGAAAUAAGACAAUUGGAAAUAUAAAUAAAUACAGACACACAGAAUUAUGUAGAAAUACUAUGUAGCACUACAGGAAUCAAUUAAUUCGUUUAAUUUAAAUCAAAUUUCAAUAUGUGUAUAAUUUUAAAGUCCGCAUCACCACAUUAAUUAAUUAAUAAAAACCCAUAUACCUUACGUAAUA